AAAAAAUUACUACUCCCCCUAGCUUAUUAGUACACAUUUUGUCCGAGAAGCACGAAAAAGUUCAAACUUGAAACUCAAAAUUAGAAAACUUGGCUCCAUCGGAAUACAUCGGUGCGGGCGCUCAGUUGCAGUCAGUCAGUCAGUCAGUCCAUGGGCGCAAUGGGAGGGUUAUCGAAGGCAUUCACCAUUACACCACACAAACUCUCCAUCUGCAUUCUCAUUCAAGUCUACGCUCCUCCUUCUCAAACCUCACUUCCUUUCCCUUUCUCUUCCCUCUCUCAACACAAUCUUCUCUCCUCCUUCUUACUAUCUCUCACUAAGUCGUCUGAGGAUAUUUUUGAGCCAAAGCUGGAUGAACUUAUUGCACAACUUAAGGAAAUUGGAGGUGUAUUGAAUCAUUGGUUAAGCGACCAUUUAGCUCGCAAAUUAUCAUCACUAGCGUCACCAGAUGAUUUGUUUAACUUUUUCAAUGACUUGCGAGGCAUACUUGGGGGUUCUGAUUCAAAUGUCAUGGAUGACGAUCAAAUCAUUUUGGAUCCUAGCAGCAAUCUUGGAGUCUUUGUUCGUCGUUGCUUACUUGCGUUUAAUCUUUUGUCAUUUGAGGCUGUCUGUCAUCUUUUGACAAAUAUAGCAACAUAUUGCAAAGAGUCUCUCUCUACUUAUGAGUUAUCACAUUUCAACGAUUCUGAUAGCGAUACUGAAGCACCAAGGCACUAUGAGAACAUGGAUUUGGAGAAUUUUGUUGUCGAGAAAGUCAACAAAGAAAUUGAAUCAAGAAAUGUGGUUGUUGAAAGACUUUCUUUCCACAAUCAUGCACCUAAAGCUCUAGUUAGAGCAAUUGAAGAUCGUGAUUUUUCUCCCGGGCCACAAGUUAGAAAAAUCAAUAAGCCUAGAGAAGUUAGCGCAUGCACAUCUUCUUCUUGUGAUGCAUCGGAUUCUGUUGAUUCUCCAUCUGGGGCUUUCUUACGUACAAACUGGCAAAUACAAGGUUAUCUAUUGGAGCAAGCUGAUACACUUGAAAGGCAGGGAAGCUCCUUCCCUCUGAAUGCUUUUGAGUCUGUAUUGAAGGAUCUUCUUAAAUUAGCUCCUGAACUACAUCGUGUUCACUUCUUGCAUUACUUGAAUAGCCUUUAUCAUCAGGACUAUCAUACCGCUCUAGAAAAUAUUCACCGAUAUUUUGAUUACAGUGCAGGGACAGAAGGAUGUGAUUUCGUAUCUUCUUCAACAGGCUGCAAUAGCUUUGGGAGAUAUGAAAUUGCUUUAUUAUGCUUGGGGAUGAUGCAUUUUCAUUUUGGGCACCCAAAGCAAGCUUUGGAGGUGUUGACAGAAGCAGUCCGCGUGUCUCAACAGCAAAAUAAUGACAGUUGUCUUGCUUACACGUUAGCAGCAAUUUGCAAGUUGUUGUCUGAAUUUGGAGUCUCAAACAUGAGGGGACUUAUCGGUUCAUCCUAUUCACCAGUUACCAGUAUAGGAACUUCAUUAUCCACUCAACAACUCUUAUAUGUUCUCUUGAGAAGAUCCUUAAAGCGAGCAGAAAGUCUAAAGCUGAAACGGCUGGUUGCAUCUAAUCAUCUUGCCAUGGCUAAAUUUGACCUCACUCAAGUGCAACGACCUUUGCUUUCAUUUGGUCCAAAGGCUUCCAUGAAACUUGCAACAUGCCCAAGCAAUGUCUGCAAGGAACUGAGGUUGAGUUCUCAUCUGAUUAAUGAAUAUGCUGAUGAGGCUUCACUAAUGAUCUCGGAUGGGGCUUUCUGUACUCAAUGGAUUAAGAAUUUAAAGAAGCCAAAAGGUUCUGUUAUCUUUUCCCAGGAGAAUGAUUGUAGGAGUAAUACCGAUGCGUUCCAGUUCUGUGGGCAGCCAUGUUCUAUCCCUGGAUCUGUGCUGCAACUUUUAGGCUCUUCAUAUUUGUUCCGUGCUACUGCCUGGGAGGUAUAUGGCAGUGCACCUCUUGCUCGAAUGAAUGCACUUCUUUAUGCAACAUGCUUUGCUGACUCAUCCAGUUUGGAUGAUGUGGCGUUAGCACAUGGCAAACUUAUCCAGCAUCUAGCAGUAUUUAAGGGAUACAAAGAAGCUUUUGCUGCUCUGGAACUUGCAGAGGAGAAGUUUUUAUCUCUUUCAAAGUCACAAAUUCAGCUUGUAAAACUACAAUUGCUCCAUGAUCAUGCUUUACAUACGGGAAAUUUAAAAUUAGCACAACAGUUGUGUGAUGAGCUUGGUGUUUUAGCCUCUUCAGUAACUGGUGUAGACAUAGAGAUAAAGGUUGAAGCUAGCCUCCGCCAUGCUCGAAUACUGAUUGCAGCAAACCAAUUUAGCCAGGCAGCAGCUGUUGCACACUCUCUCUUCUGUAUGUGCUACAAAUUCAGUUUACAAGUCGAGAAUGCCACUGUUCUUCUUUUACUUGCAGAGAUACACAAGAGAUCAGGAAAUGCUGUUUUAGGUAUUCCGUACGCAUUGGCAAGCCUUUCCUUUUGUAAAUCUUUCAACUUAGACCUUCUCAAAGCAUCUGCUACACUGACGCUUGCGGAGCUUUGGCUCUCACUUGGAUCAAGUCAUGCAAAAAGAGCUUUGGAUCUCAUGCAUGGAGCAUUUCCUGUACUUCUUGGUCAUGGUGGUUUGGAGCUUCGAGCUCGGGCCUUUAUCACCGAAGCAAAAUGCUAUCUUGCUGACUCGAGUUUUUCAGUAUCUGAAGAACCAGAGAUGGUACUUGAACCGUUAAGGCAGGCUUCCGAAGACCUGGAACUUCUAGAGUAUCAUAAAUUGGCUGCAGAAGCUUUUUACUUGAUGGCCAUUGUAUAUGACAAGCUGGGGCAGCUGGACCACAGAGAAGAAGCAGCUAGUUCAUUUAGGAAACACAUCACUGCUCUUGAAAGAUCUGAUAUUGAAGAUCGUCUUCAAUAAUGUUGCUAAGAAACCAGUAUUUAACAUAAAUAUGCCUUCGGCAGCUAGCAAAGCCGUUUUCUAUCGCUGCACACACAACAGCUUCGCUGUUGAUGCACCAUUAGAAGCAUUGUCAUCAAAGAUCUGUGCGGACAUUGAUUGUGAUAUAAAGGCAGUGAAGGUAUUAUAGAUGUGGCUUUCCAAUUGCCUGAAAUUUUAGAAACUCUUCUAAUUUCUUGACAAGUGUACCGUUCAGAUAUCAGACAGGCACAUUUUUUGUAGAUGAUAUGGUUGAGUAACAUGAAUGCUAGAUGACUGGUAUGCUAGUGAGAGUACCAACAUUUUGAGUAUGUUUGUUGGAAGAUUGCCAUGAUUUUCUUGCCCUGCUUUAAGAGGCUAAAGCUAAAUGGUUCAUCGGAGGAUUCAGACUAGAUGUCCACAAUGUCUGAUUGGGUGAUAGAGGUCUAACGAAGCCUACCACAGAGAUUGUCUGCAGUAAGAACCAUUUCCAACUUUUCUGAUGAUGUGCAUCUAUCUUUCUAUAGUUUGUCCAAGUUUGGAGAGAAAAAGCACUAUACAAUCUUCUCUUUUGGUACAGAUUAUUCUGUAGUAUUAAAUACAUAAGACUUGAGUGUUAUUAUGACUCUCCAUGUUGCUAGUUGAGGUCUUCAAAUUUGUCUCCUCACCAACUGAUAAAAUCAUUUGACACCAUUGGUGUAUAAAUGUAAUGGACCAAAAUUGUGAAGAUAGGUACCGAAACGUCCCCAGGAAGAACUUGGACAGUUGUGGGAGUGGAUUGGAUAACCUCAAAAUAUCUUCUAUAUGUUGAAAAUAUUUUAUGGAGUGGGAGAAAAUGUAUGAUU